AUGCAUACGUCGUAUCUCGCCAGCGCCUUCGUGGCCGUUGCGUCGCUGUUUAGCGGUAGCUCUGCAGGUCUCUGCAGGCCCUCUUCUUCUCUUCUGUCUUCAGACACCGCAACCGUGCCCUCCAGCACAACCGAGAUCGCAUCCACCACCACCGACGUCACUUCAUCAAGUAACGCCGCCUCGCCAACCACGACAGAAGUCGCCUCUACCGACGUCUCCUCCUCGACCAGCGAUGCCCCCAGCUCCACGAGUAGCCUGCCCGAGCCCAUCACCACCUUUGAUCUCAAAGGCGCCAACUCGGAGCUUGAAGCUGUCAACGGCCAAAGCCUCUCUUACAGGCAGCAAAGUGGCUAUUCCCUGUUUCUAGUGGUGCCAGACUCCGUCGCAGACCAGUACGGGCCUGGUGAGUUUCAUCUCGAGGAGGGGACAAACCGUCUCAUGGUUGGAGACUUUCACGUCUUUGCCUCUUCUUUUUCUACCUCGUAUUCUCUCACUGGCUACAUGCAACACAUCAAGAGCCCGUAUUCCGUAUUCAUCUCAUGCGUACCACCCACAGCCAGAGGACAACGCUUGGAAUGUAUGGUCGAGGGUACUUCCCGGACAGAGUUCAAGGUUGCAUUGGCCGAGUUUACAAACGGGCAUUCUUUAUACAUUUAUGCGCCCGGACUUGCUCCGCCCACGCAUGUUGAUGUCGAUAUGAUUGUGGCUUGA